CUCGGUGUAUGACGCGAGGGUCCUACACGCAUGCGCGGUCAUAUGAUGGGAAUUUCCAACAGCUGAGAAGGCGUCGCUAGCUACGGUUGUACUUGUCAAAGUUUGGAGCAAUCACACCAUUGGGAUUCUGACUUGAUGAGUCCGCAUGACCUUGCAACACUGCACUUGCUGAUUCCAAGGGAUGUAUUAGAUACAGCGUUUCUUUAACAGAGCGUGAAGCAAAAGCCUACUCUCAGAUAAUUUAAAACGACAUUGGCUGGUGUCUCUGAAAACAAGUCGCCAUUAAAGCUGGGAACAGAGAUGCCCAUAAGAAGACAUUCGCGCAGCUGAACCACAACAACUGAGCGUGGCAUCUCUUUGUGUAGAGAAUGUGCUGCUGAGUUGCAUUCCCCCUUCACCCUCACCAAUGUUAUUAAUGUUGAGUGUGUGCUGGUGCAUACAGAAAAAUUUGGUCCCCCAAAAUUGUGCUUCAAUGUGGCAUCCUUGUGCAGAGUAUGCAAAGGGGGUGAAUCUCUCUCUAAAAAGGCAAACAGCUGACUAUUAGUCUGCUGCAGAAAAUGGAUGCAAAGUUAAAAGAGGACCUCUUUCGAAGGUAUGUGGGGGCACUGGAGCGGCGCCUGGAAGAUGGAGGGGAAAAAUUUGGGUUGGAAAAUUUGCAUAAUGGAGACAAAGGGAGACACAAGGACAAUGAGGCACUACUUUCGACAGCCACUGCACUACUUGGGGCUUAUCAGCCAGAUCCAGGACAACGUUUCCACAUGGUGCGCUUUUAUGAAGUUGUUGAAAGCUCGCUCCGCUGCCAAAGAGGAGGCAACCUCAGGAGCCUGGAGAGAGCUUUCCACACUCUGGAAACCAUCUGCACCAACCUCUUGCUCUUCCCUUGGAAGAAAGAAUUCAGAUGUAUAAAAACUUUCACUGGCCCAUAUGUGUACCACCUAAAGUCUGCAAUUUCUGAUGCUGAACUCCGAUCUCUAAUGCGCACAAUUGGCUACACCUGUGACCAUGACUCGCAGUUUUAUUUUCAGGAACAUCCAGGAGGCUCAGGUAAUCUCCGCCAAUUGGCUUUCGAGUUCUUCCUGGCCCAGGCCGAGUGUCGUCUUCUGGGAGAGAUCGUGGCUCUGGCCCGUGGUUCCGCAUCAGAGUCGGAGGCCCUGGAACUCCGCAGGGGCUGCAGAGAUGAUGCAGCUGGCUGUGCUGAGGCUCUUCGGAGACGCGACAGCCUUGGGGCAGAUAUGGCUCGCCUAUCUGUGCAACCUCUGGAUAUUGAGAGGCCUCAUGUUCACCACCUGAGGCGAGGUAGCCGACCGUCAAAGUCUGUGGAUGUGACAGAUGGGGCAGGUCACUGGCACGCAGCAGUUAGCAAACCAAUCUUGAAAGCCUCAUUGAGUCUGAGGAAGGAGCCUCUGUUUGUGGACGCAGAGGACGAUAUGAAGGAUGAGAUCAUCAGGCCCAACACCUCAUCUCUAUUCUCUGUGGCAGCACCCCCUUCAUACAGCCCCAUUGCAGAUUUCUUCCCAACGCCAUCACCUCCCCCAGCCGAUGCUUACACUACCUACCACCUUUCGUCAUUGGAUGAGAUUGACUUGUACACAGAGCGGGGCGGGGGUGGUACGGGUGGAAGGCAAACACCCUCACGGCCUCUGUCCAGAGAGCCCCGAGAUGCCCGAGAUGGGUGGUUGCUCAAAGCGCACAGCAGUGUGAAGUGUCACGGCUGUGGGAUGGCCUGCUCAACGAUGGCCUCCUGUCAGAGGUGUGACAUGAUUUUGUGCUCUGCCUGUCAUGAUGUCGACCCCUCUCCUUGUUGUAGCCUGCAGGACUACCACCCCAAGUCCCCACGCCCGCUGGAUGGAUAUAUUCCUGUUAAGGAAAAGCUUUCUGUCUACUCAAAUACUCAUUCCCACUCGCAUCUCCACCCUCACCCUCUCACACUGACCCAUUCUCACAUUCAUUCCCACCCUCACCCACAAAUGGUGGACAAACCUUUACUGUCCACCAAGCUGUUUCCCAGCAAAUCUGCUGCCUUGACUACGCCAAAGGGAGGCAGCGGUGAGCGCAUUAGCAUGGGGGGAUCACGAUGCGGGUUUUGCAACAAGCCAGGUGCAUCUCACACCUGUGUGAACUGCUCUAAGGUGUCAUGUGACUCAUGCAUGGGCUUGUAUGCCAAGGAUAUGUGCACACGGAAGAAUCCUCAGCACAUGUUUGUUCCCAACCACCAGCUCAACUUCAAAUCUGGCACCAUCUCUCACAUGGUAUACCGAUGAUCCAGGUGUAGGCUUUGCUUCUCUGCUUUGAGUUCCCUGCUUUAAACAGCAACAUAGCCCUGCACUGUUGCUUGAGCUCCGCUCCACCUUUUUCACUUGGAAUGACACCUUUUAACUCAUGGUCUUUUUCAACUCCACACAGUAUAUUUUCUCUCACUGGUGGUGGGGCCAUCAUUUUUGCUCUGAGUUAUGGCCUUUUAUCAACUGUAAUACUUCCUUUUGCCUUGCUACCUGCUCUUGACUAGUCAUGUGAUAUUGUAGCGCAACAUUUGUCCUCAUUUUAAAUUCCAUCCAGAAUGAUAUAUACUUCUAAGCUAAAAUGUUCUCAGAUAUAAAGAAUAUAUAUAGAGUGUGUGUGUGUGUGUGUGUGUGCGCGUGCACACGCGCACACGCGAGCCUAUGUUUGUGCACUUAGUCGACCUCCUGAACUUAGAGUGACUUUUUUUAAACUUGAAAAAUUGAAAAGAUACACUGGAAACGAGUAACGUAAUAGUAUAUAUUUUGAAUCUAUAUUCUGUAGAACAAUCUGAGACUUUUACAUAGAUGUUAAGUCUACCAUUAAGACUAAGUGGGCAGUAUCUCAAAGCGACUCACUGAGACAAUGAUCAGAUGCCAUAGUCUAUUGAUGAAGUCAUGCCUUGUAAAUGACCCCCCCCCCCCCCCCUAUUGUUUCUGGCUAAUGUUUUAAUGCUGCUGUUGACUUGAGAAGUUAAGAGGUUGGCCUGUUUCUAGUAAACAGCUCCUUUGUGUGUGCAGAUGUUCCAUCCAAUUCAGUUCCAUCCAACCAACUUUAAAUCCAGUCAUAAUCUCUGUGGUCCAGGAUGCUGCAUUGCCCCCCCACCCCCCACCAGACCUGUUUGUCUCAGGUGGAGUCAAGUGUCUGGGCCACAAAUGAAAUGCAUGCAUCUUUUCAGGCUUACUCUUUCAAAAGUUUCAAAAGGUGUCAAAUGUGGAAGUGUAUGAUGUGUCAUGCUUUCUGUCUACCUCAAAUAGCUCCAGCGAGUGUGACUUGGCAGUCUGGGACUACCCCCUGAAAUGUUGGAACAUUUGUAUUUAUUACAUAUCCAAGGGAGGCAUAGGCGAAGAGGGAAUACUGAUACUGAAAUCUUACAGAUUUUGUAUCUUGAUAGGUUUUCCUUACCACUUUAUUUAUUCUGCCUUUAUUCAAACAGUGCAUGUGAACAAACACACCUGUAAAUGUAAUGCAGUAUAAUAUUGCAGUAAAGACUUUUGUGAUGCUUCAAUGCCACAUGUGAUUGACAGUUGAAGCAGUGCUAUCAUAUUAGCCUGGGGUUCACUGGAUGUGUCCAUUUAAUCUUAGGAAAUUGGGCACUUGAACAUUUCACUACUGAAGACAUGUUUCAUUCCAUGUGACUUCAAGAGUUAAAUGCAUGCUGACUGGAAUGACUUCAAUGAACUCUUGUCAUAUGCAAAUCUACAAUGGAAAACAUCACACGCAAAGAAAUACUCUUUUAUCCUCAAAAUACGACAUAACAGGAACUGAAGAGUUUGAGGGUUUUCACAAAUACUUUAGGUGGCUUAGCAGCUUUUACAGUCGGGCUCUAUGGGGAGGCCCACAAAAUGGGUGGCUGCAGUUUGCCGUGCUACUGCCAGAUGGCAACAUUCACCCACGUUAAUGUGAAAUAACAUAGUGCCAGCAUUAGAUACAUCUGCUUGAAAAUUGUAUAUCCUGUGGACACAGUUUUUGUCAUUGAAUAUAAUCCACUAACAUUUUAGCUUCACAAAAGCUGUUUUUAGUGUGUGUCCUCCUGGAUCAUUGAAGUGUCCGUAUGCUUAGUGGUGGUGGUUUGACACAUGUGUCCCUCUCAGGCCAAGUUUGAGCUCAUACACACCAGCUUCUGGACAGCCUUGCUUUCCAGUUGUAAACAUCAUCCGCAACGUCUAUGAUAGAUUGGAUUGAUUGAUAGAGUUCUAAAAACCUGCAUGUAUCAUAUUACAUAUAGUUAAGUUUUUCCAUUUAGUGUUUUAAGUGCUUUCAUGUUGAUCCUUGUGAGUUCAGUGAAAUAAUGCAGUUUAAAUGUUUAUUUAGAACAUUAUGCUGUGUUAAGGAAUUAACUCUCCUUGCCUUACAGUCAUUCAUCUUACAUUUCCAUAAAUUACUGCCUGUUUCUGUACCACAAAUGAAAUGCACCCAAGUGUGGAUUAAUCACCACAAAGUAUUUCAGAGAUGCCUCUCGGAGGCCAUUCUGGCAUGUGAGCGACUUAUAUAACUUUUUUUGUUCACCAAAAGACCAUGGUCUUGUUUGGUUUUAGAAUACAGGGCUCUAAUUUCGUAGACCAGGCGCAGGCGCAGCGCACCUGCCUUGCACCACGUCUACGCUGCACCAACGUGAUGUGGCCAGGGCAGUCUGGCGCAGCGCCGCACACCCACACAUCCAUCCCUCCCAAAGUGGCAAAGAGGGUUUAACACAGUGUAAUCUUAACCAAUCAAGUGAACGCCUCUCAUUGCCUAUAAAUGCACCGCACUGGACUGCACAUCAGAGGCCACUAUGGUUCACCACGUACGCCACCUUUUGGGACAUGUCCUGACAUGUCAUCUGUUCCUGACAGUUACAUUAAACACAGCAGCAGGCUAAUCCAAGCAUUUUACUAGCUUUCCACCAGCAUUCCUGCUCUACAUGACCAAAUAGGAGAACCUUUGAUGAUAUAUUUGCGGUAUCUCCUCCCCAUCCUCCAUUAUGCUUCAGAUGUGAUGAGACAAUGAAUACAAAAAAGUACAGGCUGGUUCAGAUGCUUACAUUAAAUAGUGGUUGCUGUCAUUGUUUUUUCCACUGUGCAAAAGUGUGCAAAACACAUCUGCCUGAGGAUUUGGUGACGUGUCUGCCCUGUGCGCCUGUCAGGCAAUUUAUCACUACGCAUGCUGCGCUUUUGCCUGCGCCCCGAAUAGACCAGGUCAGAGCUGGUGAGCUUUCGCCAUCCCUUUGGUGCGCUGUUUUGACACUGCGGCAAUCUGAAAAUGUGGUGCGCCGCCACACCCAUCUCAGCGCAGUCCAGUCGACCAAAUGACCAAAUUGGCUGCGCUCAGUGGCGCACUGGACCAAAUUGCCACGCUCCGCCAUCUUGCGCCAACUUGCAAUACGCCACGAGCGCAUGAUGUUUGAUUCAACACACUUGGUUUCAUUCCUUCUCUUUAAGAACUUAAGAGUUUUUUUGUUGUUUUUAUAGGUAUUUUUAUAUUACAAACAAAACUUAAUAAGAUGUUCUGUUCUGCAGGAGUGUUGCUGAGAUUUCUUUUCAAAAAAUCAACAACUUGAGUCAUCAUCACCAAAGGCAACUUUUGUAUCGCACAUGUGUUCAUGUCUAUGGGGAGUGCAAUCAUUUUGUUUUCAUAUAUAUAUAUAUAUAUAUAUAUAUAUAUAUAGUUUGUGUGUAUAUGUGCUAUAUAUAAAUAUAUAUUUGGGCUAGGAGACCCGAGUUUAAUCCCACCCUCGGCCAUCUCUGUGUGGAGUUUGCAUGUUCUCCCUGUGCAUGUGUGGGUUUUCUCCAGGUACACCGGUUUCCUCCCACAUUCCAAAAACAUGCUAGGUUAAUUGGCCUAUCCAAAUUGUCCAUAAGUAUGAAUGUGGGUGGGAAUGGUUGCUUGUCUAUACAGUGCAUCCGGAAAGUAUUCACAGCGCUUCACUUUUUCCACAUCAUGUUACAGCCUCAUUCCAAAUUGUAUUAAUUUAAUCU